AUGAGUAAAACAUUUGCCAAGAGAAAUGCUAUAAUAAAUGAGAAUUUCUAUGAAGUGCCAAAUGUGGCGACGACUUCAUUCAAUAGCACACCUAAUAUGAACCGAUCCUAUCAAGUCAAUCACGUUAACGAUUCCGUUACCAGUGUUAGCAACGGAAACCUCAAUGGGAUCAGUACUACACACCUGUAUGCGGACGACGACCAGCCCAAAUCUCCAGUUAAACGCUUUGUUGGCGUAGUAUUUCUAAUUGGAUUAGUGGCGACGAGUAUAGCAUUUCUGGCAUUUGCUAUAUUUUAUGAUGAGAUCAUCGAUAGCGACGGCGAGAACACCGAACAAUAUUGGAGUCGUGUUCAGAAAGAGAUCAAAAUCAAACAAAAUGCAUCCAGGCUCGCUUUAUAUAACAACACAUUAAGCAAAAUAACUGAUGACCAAAAUUUUGUAUCAAUAGUAUCAGAUUCAACACAUGUUCACAACAUUUCUAUACCUUCCAAACCAUCGAUUACUUUCGAUAACUUUAUGUCCGGUGAAUUAAGUUCUAGGACAUUUUACGGCAAAUGGAUUUCAGACAAUGAGAUACUUCAUUAUGAUUCACAGAAUAAUUUAUGCAUUUUUAAUGUCUUAAAAUUGUCUAAAGAUAUUCUCAUUGCCACCGAAAUAAUAAAACGCUAUAGACUUUCCGGUCUCUCCCUAUCGCCCGAUCGAAAAUACUUUCUAACCGUAUAUAAUGCACAAAGAGUUUAUAGAUAUUCAACAUUGGCUAAGUAUAGGAUCUAUUCAAUUAAUGAAAGCCAGUUAUCAGCGUCAAUAGUGGCCCCGGACUACCCUCAAGACACAUAUUUAAAUUAUGCCGAAUGGGGACCCAUUGGAUCACAAAUUAUUUUUGUGCAAAAAAAUAAUAUCUUUUACAAAUCGGAUCCAACUGCUCCGGCAAUAAGACUAACCAGUACUGGAAGGGAAAUGAUGGUAUACAAUGGCAUACCUGAUUGGGUGUAUGAGGAGGAAAUCAUAAAUGGACCAAAAACAUUCUGGUUAUCACCAUCAGGGAACAAGCUAGCCUAUGCCACCAUCAAUGAUACCACUGUAGACCUCAUGUCAUGGCCUUAUUAUGGGAAUGAGAAGGUACCACGUAACCAGUACACUAAACUAGAGACAGUUAGAUACCCCAAACCUGGUCGACCCAACCCAACCAUCAAAAUUUAUUACAUCAAUUUAAGUCAAUUACAAUCGUAUAAUGAAACUCGUGUUCAGGAGCUAACCGUUCAUUUAAAACCACCAAAAGAUAUUCUGGAUUUGGGUGACCAUUACAUGACAACCUGUAAAUGGAUUGAUGAUGAUGUAUUGAGCAUAAAUUGGAUGACCAGGGCACAAAAUCUCUCAGUCAUGACAAGCUAUAACACUCAAACGUUUGAACCCAUUUCGAAUUUUAAACUGCAAACAAGCAAUGGUUGGAUUGACUUAUUCACUGAACCUGUGGUCACACUUGACAAGAGCUCAUACAUCGUAAGAGUUCCCAAAAUGAGUGACAAUAAAAAGGAUGUCUUUGAACACAUCGCUGAAGUGUCUAUCAUGUCUGCCGAAUCAACAUAUUUGACUUCUGCAACCUUUCCUGAUAGUCCUGGAUCAAAGCAUUUAAUGAGCGUAUCAAUCAUUAAAUCAUUAAAUCAAUCAGCAGUAACAGCAACUCCCACGUGUCAUACCUGUCUAAUGAAUACCUAUUCGACCGAUAAAACCCAAAUCUGUCUCACAUCUAACACAAUAUUUAGUGAAAAUGCUGGAUAUUAUAUCCUAAACUGUUUGGGACCUAAUAUUCCCCGAUCAGAGAUUAGACGGACGUCUGAUGACUCUCUCAUUCAUACGCUCGAAGACAACAAACAUUUAGACUUCAAAUUAAAAGACUUAUCGCUUCCCAAAAAGAUAUCAAUGAAGGUUCCGGUGGGAGGUUAUGAGAUCGAUGUAAUGCUUAUUGUUCCGCAAGAUUUUGACGAGAAAUCACCGAAAAAAUAUCCGCUAAUAUUCAACGUUUAUGGCGGACCCGGAAGUGAUAGCAUAUCUGUGCAUCAAAAUUAUUUUUACCAUCAAUUCGGCGCUUAUUUGGUCUCAAAUAAGAGUGUUAUUUAUGCCACUUUGGACACCAGGGGCAGCCCUAAUCAUGGCUGCAAAUUCAUGUUUGACAUCUACCGCAAACUGGGUACUGUCGAGGUCGAAGACACUAUAGCCGUGGCCAGAUAUUUUAGAGAUAAGGUGUCAUAUAUAGACCCCAAAUCAAUAUCCUUAUGGGGCUGGUCUUACGGCGGGUACUUAACCACAAUGGCUCUCGAGAAUGAUUACAACGACACUGUAUUUCAAUGCGGAAUAGCUGUGGCACCGGUGUCUGAUUGGAUGUAUUACGACUCCGUAUAUGUGGAGAGAUUUAUGGGUUUUCCAACUGCUGGAGACAAUCUUGAAAAUUAUCUAAAGUCCUCAACUCUGGACAAAGUGAGACAUUUGAACGGAAAAAAGUAUCUCAUUAUGUUUGGCACCGCAGAUGGUAUUCAUAAAACCAAAUGA